UUUCUAUUCAGGACAACUCUUUAACAGUAAUAACACUUUAAUAACAUGUCAUUGUUUAUCAAGUGGGUGGAGGCUGAUAUGGAACAAUUUCGCCACAGCGACAACCUAUUAUGCAUGCAACUUUUUUUUCCUCCACCACCCAACUUUUUGUUUUUUCUUUUCAGUCUGUGUGACUGGGUGUGCCUCUGCUCUGUAACAUGAGAGCCACAUGACCAAUAGGAAGACAAACAGUCGGGAAGUUAGUGUAUUUCUUCCGCAAACUUUUUAAGUUUUUGCUGUGUCGUAAGAAGAGCGAGGGAGCAGGCUGCAGUCCAACAGCACACAGAACUAAUCAGUCUGAGAGACGACAGCAAAGAUGGAAAACCCGCUACAGAAGCUGGUAGCGGAGAAGAAGGACAUGGUGGAGACCGUGAUGGAGGUGUUCGAACAGGGAGCUGAAGUGGUGGCCAGUAUCGCCGGCGACCUUUUCCCCGUUUUCUCCAUCGCUGCUCCGAUUGUCAAACUGGCUCUGGACAAUGUGGAGAGCAAGGAGGCGGCGUUCAUGAAGGACCAGUUCCAGAAGGUGCGGGAGCGUCUGGAGGUGGCCUCGGAGGAGAUUCAGCGCAUCAACGACGAGAUCAAGAAGAGCGGAUUGAACGCCGUGUAUUUCCCUGUGGAGGAGAACAUCACCAACCAGUUCAGGAAGUACAUGGACAUCCUCAACGCCAAACCAAAGUUCAGGGAGGUCAAGAAGAAGCUUUUCUUGGACCAUUUUGCCAAAACCGACGGUGACAAGAACCUCAUCACGCUCUACAACUCUGUGACUGGAGAUAACUUCUGUGGGGAGUCUGUGCUGGAGAUCACUCUGAACUACGAGGAGAAAAGUCGCCGGCCGGUGGAGGAUUUCUGCGCCAGGCUGAAGAAGCUCUUCUGCAUCGGGCUCAUCGCGUUGUUGGGCCACGCGGCUCUGAAGGGAUAUGACGAAGAGGACGCUCUUCUGAAAGACUGGUCUGAGAGGAUGAAGACUGUCCAAGAGAAAAUGAACGCCGUCAUUGAAGACUGCAUCGUCAGCUUCCCCAAACAGGCCGAGACGGACAUCCGUCGACUGGUGAGAGACGAGUCAAACUUAACCCACCAGCAGCUAGCCGACGCUAUCAUAGAGAAACUACAGAAGAAGUAUGACUGGGUGGGCUGGUCCGUGCGUAUAUUCAGGUCCCCUUCAGGCCUGUUCGCCAACAAGAAGGAUUUCCACUGCCCGACAGGAAAGAGUCGCUUCCAGGUCCCUACGUCGGACGAGAAACUCAACGUGUGGGUGUCCUACAGCGCCUCGCCUGAGCCCGUGGACAAAAACCACAUCCAGCAGCUGAUCCAGAGUCAGAAGAAGCUCACGGUGGUGGGUGUCGCAGAGUUCCUGUUUGAGAGGCUGCCCGGUGCCUGCGUGGUCCACACGGUCAAAACCAGCAAGGACCUGGCCUGCUCCUGGAGCUUCAAAGAUGAGCUGCACUACUGGGAGGAGCACAAAAAUUUCUACGUCUGCGUUCACUCCGCUUGAAGUUUCAGACGCAGAAAAAACUCAAAAGUCAGUCUAUGUUUGGAGGUUACUUCAUAUUUAAUCAUAGAGUCUGCUGCCUCUGCUUAUGUGCAGUAUGUGCCUUAAAGCUGUAGUUUGUAACUGUAAAAAAAAUAAUUUUGUCAUAUUUUCUAUAACUGUCACUGUAUUCACACAGAAAUACAUGAGAUGUAUAGUCGUAAAAAAAACAAAACUUCUCUGAUUAUUCAAAACAGGCUGGAAAAUAAUCAUACUCUUCUGCCCACUCUGUCGCCUUGUAGCACUUCUAAAAGUCUUACUGACCAAAAACAACCAAUCAGAGCCGAGGAGUCUCUGAAGCAGCCGUCAAUCACUGCUUGUGACCUGCAGUCAA